CAGACAUGAUGGAUUGAACAAAAGGGAAGAGGAUUAUUGGCGACAGUGAUACGUGGACGACUGACAAGGCUGGGGUUUUGGAUACGAAGAGCAAGCGGGGCGCAGCGCGGGGCUGAAUCGCGUCCAGCCUUCAGGCUGCGAUGCAAGCAAGGAAGCGACAGCCAACACACCCAUCUUCAAACGCGGAUGCCACGAUCUUCCCACAUCCUAACCGCCAUCUCCUCUCGCCUAUAUAUACAAGCGAAGCUCUGAGCGGGUCAACAGUCCUAUCUUUGCGUCCCAAAGAACGCUCCUAUCGGCGUCAGCAGGCGUCGCUCAGCAGGGCACCAGGCAGCGCAGCCUGGUGCGAAAAUGAAGCUCCACGCGCCACCUGAUCGCACCGAAGAUAUUAAGAAAUGGCAGAUUCAGACCUACGAUGGGGCUGAGGCUAAUGUCUCAAGAGCCAUCAUAUCAACACUUUAUGAUGUCUUAAUAAACUCUCUCAAGGCCCUACUACAGCACGCUAAACAAGAAGAACCAGAGUCUCCAAAUCUCGGAUUCCUUGAAAGAAAUCUGACGGCCUUGUUCUUCUGGGGCCGUGAUCAUGGUGUUUCUCAGGGCGAGCUUGAUGCAGCGCUACAAUUCUCUCAUCGUCUGCGUGACACGGUAUUGACUCUUCUUGUUUCUCUAGGUGACCUACUGAGUCAGGGUUUGAUCCAUCUUGUUUCCGCGCCAGAACAACGUCAAGCCAUCUUGAAGACCUCAGAUGUGGUCUCGCUUACGGAGGAUGCCAGAUUACUACUUGAGGAGCCUCCUGAUACCGUCGAGUAUAGAGGAGUCGAUCUCAAGCAGCUUUGCAUCUCAUUGCAAAACAUCACCCAAGGCCUCACAGUGCUGAGCUCAAGUCUCGAAGCCAUUGCCGAAGACGAGAUCGACGAUGAAGAAGUCAGAGCGUGGGUGCAGCUGAAAGACCGCGCUGCCCAUGAACAUUUUGUGGAUCUUAUCAGUUCACGAUUCCCCUCUGCUAACCAGGAGCUUGUUCAGGCCCUUGGCCAGUCUAAUUGGGAUCGAUACAACUACGUUCAAAGACUUCGCAACAGUGCGGCCAACGAGCCAGAUCAGGCUCGAACCGAUAAAGCUCGAUCUGAGUUUCAUGACUCUGGACUCGGAAGUUCUGCUCCACCCCAAUCAGUCAUGGGUAGUGAAUCUUGCCCUGCCCAAGCAGACUAUGCCGCUCCUAUCGUCUCAAGCAGAGCCGAGUCGAGCCAUAAACGCCUGCCCCCGCUUCCCGAAGUUGCUCGCUCUGGUACACCCUUCGAAUGUGAUAUCUGCAGCAGAUGGGUAAAUAUAACAAGGACCAAAGAUUGGAAGAGACAUAUAUUCGACGACAUUUGUGCGUACACAUGCAUAUUUUCCGACUGCAGCUCAGCGCGGACACUAUUCAAGAAUCGCGAGACAAUGACACAGCACCUAGAAUCGCAUCAUAGCAUCACCAGUGCCUCGGUGCCACUGACAUGCCCACUAUGCCUUGAAAACGUACCUGGGGGUAGCGAUCUAGUCUCUCUACAUUUCUCUCGUCACAUGGAAGAGAUUGCUCUCAGUGUGUUGCCACAUGGUGCAGAGUCAGAAGACGGAACCGUUAGCGCAGAUGAAGAUAUAGAAGAACAGGCGCUCCACAACACUCCGCGACCGGAUUUAACUGAUCCUUUGAUUGAUUCAGCCGAAGAGGUUUCAUCUACAAUAGGCUACGAAGAUAGCAAGGAUAAGGCAUUGUCCGCAUCGAUUUGGGGAAUGGAUAUUCAAACAUCACGAGCCGAGCUGCUCAUACGCUAUCGCGAAGGGCACAAAAGAGACAUUUCGGGCUGGCGAAAAGAUGUCACUCCUGAGGAACGAACGAAUACUGCGCUACAGCUGUUCACAGCGUACCGGAUACUUACACCCGAUACCCAAGAUGGUGAUAUUCUGCUCAAAUCUAUGAAAAUUGAGACGGCUAGCUUCACGAACUCCCAAAACAAAGAACAGUAUAUGAUUGCUAUCAAACAAGAGCUACUUGCAGCAAGUGGAAAUCGUCAAUCUUCUUUUUCAGGAGCAACCAGUGAGCCAGAUCUAGCUCCUCUUCAUCGGACGCCCCUUCCAACAACUGCUCCAGAAACAUGCAAACAUACAUGGAAUGUUAUCAAAUCUGACACCGAGAUCCUUGUAUGGCACUGCAGCAGCUGUCACGCCGGCCCACAUCUAUACAUCUAUGAAUGCGAUGGAUGUAAAGCGCAUCUCUGCCUAUCUUGCAAGAGCAAAGAACAUAUAAGCGAGCUACCCAAGGGCAUGCAGUUGGUGAGACCUGGCCUGGACUCAAAUAAUAAUAGUGGUAUAGUCUCAGAUGUAGCCACCAAAGGGAAUCUCAGAAGCAACGUCGCCCCCGGUCUUAAUCUCAAGGAUGUCGGAUACACAGCAACGGAGCCUAAGAUGGAAUCUUCGAAAGUCAAAUGUAUAUGCGGCUCCUCCGAUGAUGAUGGGAACACAGUAUUGUGCGAGAUUUGCGACAAAUGGCAACACAUAAAAUGUUAUUACGAAUCCGCGGCUAACGUACCGGAUGUCCAUGAGUGUGCGGAUUGCAAGCCUCGACCCGUAGAUGCACUGCGCACAGCAGAAACGCAACCGCAACAUCGACAAACGAAGGAUGCCGAGGUUCUGAACAGCUUGGAAACAAAAAAAAUAAAGAAGGGUAAGAUGAGCUGCACGACCUGCCGCAGGAGGAAGCAACAGUGCGGUAGAGAGAAACCUGAAUGCGCUAGAUGCAUUAGGACCGGAUUAAAAUGCGAAGGUUACAGGGUCAUCAAGCAAGCCCAUCCCGAGGACGAAUCGCGUAAGUUGCUCCAUGAGGGCGAGAAUGUAGGCUCGUCGGCUUCCAAAGGGGAUCUACGGGAAAGAUCUUCUGCGCCUACGCCCGAGGCGAUCUCUCUGAUAGGUGUAGGCCUCGAGUUGGGUAAGCCGACUGUCACAAACCUUGAAACGGGUCAACAACCCCCCAUUAUGUCGGAGUCUGAGUCUCAGGAGUGGGAGUGGCUCACUAUGUCUCUAUGAUGUACAGGGCCCCUUGCGGCGUCGACCCGCCUCGUCUCUGGAUCGAUCACACGAAUGAUAACAAGUAGGUACGACCAUCCUACCAAGAUAGUGUCGAGAUUUGCAUCCCGUUAGCCGGUGCGUCUCACAGGUAGCAAUCUAGCGUGUCAGACAUGGGCAUCACGUAUUAUGCGGCUUUUCUAGUAGACGGUGAUAUCGAUGGAUAUCUCUGCAUCCAUGAUGGGCAUGACAAUUCUGGUGAAAAUUCUGGUCGUAUAAAACCAAAGACGUUUCGUCGCCGUUCUUUAGCACUGUUCGUAGAUGAAGCGAGUGAUCUGAUGAACCCAAGGAUGGGCAACUUGCGCUUAAGAUCAAAACGAGAUGAUGGAAGGAUUGACCGAUCAAGAAGGCAGCGAAAGCGAAGCUGGAGUAUUAGUCACUAUCUCUGUCAGAUUCCUG